AUGUUGGACACUAACUCUGAAGAUGCAAUCAGCUUGCUUCCAGAAGAGGUUCUUGGCAAGAUCUUGUCCUUAAUUCCUACAAAACAGGCUGCUUCAACAUCUGUUCUUUCUGAAAAGUGGAGAAAUUUGUUUACACUGGUUCAUAAUAAUGAUUUUGAUGAUUCUGACUUGCUGCGACCCGAAGAGGGUAAAGAAGAGAGGGAUGUGGUCCGGGAGAGCUUCAGGAAUUUCGUGGACAGGACACUCGCUUUGCAAUGCGGUUCGCCUAUCAAGAAAUUCUCUCUAAAAUGCCACCUUCACUUAGACAGCGAGAUGUCCUAUGUGGGCCCCUGGAUAUCUAAUGCCGUGGGGCGCGGUGUUCUGGAGCUGGACCUAAGUAUACAUACCCGCUAUAAAUUCGUUCAGGACUCUGAAACUGGCUGUUCUCGAUGGCCCCAAGGUAUGAAGCGCCGCGGUGAUGUCUUUCUUCCUUCUGAGCUCUUCACGUGCAAGACGCUGGUCACACUUAGACUGGGGAAACAUAUUUUUCUUGGAGAGUUUCCUCUAGAACUGUCUCUUCCAGCGCUUAAGAGUCUCUUCAUCGAUUCUAUCUGUUUCGCAUAUAAAGAUCUGAGUGAUGUGUUUUUUCCCGGCUGUCCAGUGCUAGAGGAGUUAGUCCUACGUUACGAGGACUAUGUAAUGUGGCCGUCCUACUAG